AUGAUAACCAGUAAUGAACUGUUAUCCAGUGAUGACAGAGUUGACGAAAGUGGUGAUUGCAGUUCUGUUUCGAGAGGUCAACUGCAAAUGGGUCUUCGUUAUUCGAAAGAAGACAGCAAAUUGCUUAAAGAUGUCAUCUCCCCAGAUGUGUGUAUUGGUUUUGAAGAGCAAUCAUUUGUUUGUAGAAAUCUACGGCCACUAGACAAAAACGGUUCAGCAGAUCCGUACACAUCAGUGAAAUUGGUUUGUGUCGAUGGAUCACAACCACCACAAAAACAAAUUUGCUUUCAUACAAUCAUCCAAUCGUUUUUAGCCAUGAGAAUAAUCAACUAUUUUGCAUAUGUCGUGUGUAAAAAUCACGUCAGGAAUUUACAUUUUAGUUCAGAAAUCCCAUUUUUUUAA